AACCUCAAUCCAGAACGAUGCGUUUUGCUGACUCUUCUCUUUCCCCCAAUCCCUAAACCCUCUUUCUUCGUUUCAGUUCAAUCUCUCUCUGUCUAUUCCCAAUUCGCAAGUUUCACUGCGCAAUCACUGCAUAUACCUAUUCAUUUGGCCACGAACUUCACAUUGGGGUGGUAGCAGUAUUUGAGGCAAGAAAAAUGGGAGUGAUUCAGAAGUUUUUCGUUGCAUCACUGUUCAUGUGGGCAAUCCCUAUUGCAAUUUUAUAUGCUUUUAACCAUAAUAUACUUCCUGGAACAUCCAAUUUGUCCCCAUACUCUAUGACACUAGUGAGCGGAUUUCUUGCUGUCAUAUCUGUCAAUGUGGUGAUAGCAUUUUACAUAUAUUUGGCAAUGAGAGAACCUGCGGCGGAUAAACACGAGCCUGAUCCUAAAUUUCUUGCUGAGGCCAAAGCUAGCAUCAAUCAGUCUACAGGGGAUGCUCAACAAUCCCAGACUCUCAAAAAAGAACAGUAGAUGUGAUGCAGGACUACAAAAGGGUGAGAAUCUUAGCUUGGGAGGAGUUGUUACUAGAUCAAGGUUGAGGAACCUACAAGAGGAUAUUAAUAUGAAGAUGAUUUCACUUGUGGAGAAGAAUGAUAGAGGGGACUUGAAGAUCAUAAAUUUGGUUCUUUUGAUUAAUGAAUAUUUAGCUUGCUGCCAAUUGAGAGUGUUUCUCUUUGGUUCUUUCUUGGAACCCUUUGAUUCUUAUCAAAGAAUUCCAUUGCAUGUGGCGAAUCUACCUUAACUCAUUAAUUCAUCCGAAUUGAGACACUAUUAUUUCAUUUCCUUACCUUGAUCCAUUUUUUUCCCUUUUCUUAAUUUUUUUAAAAAAAAUUCAAAUUAAUGAUGCUGAAAUUUGAUCCUCAUUAGGGGUUUUAUC